AGUGGGAGCAGGCCUCGGCCGCCUCGGCCAGGCUCGCGGGGCAGGCCGGCAGGGCUCCACCGCGAGAUUCGAGAUUCGGCGCUGUAGCCAGGCAGUCAGGCAGUCCUGUCCGCCUCCCCCAGUCAGACGCGGAGGUGUCCAGGUUCACCGUUCCUUCCACCAAGGCAAGGGCGUCCUCCGCCAUGGCCUCCGCGGCGUCGCUGUCGCUGUGCCUGGCCGUGCUGCUGCUGGCGGACGCCGCCGUCGCCAACGUGCGCGUCAGGAGGAUCGUCGGCGGGCGCGCGGCCGCGCCGCCACCCGAGGACGACCCCGUCGUGUUCGUGUACAAGGAGGACCACGACGCCAGGGUGUUCGGGAUGCGGGAGCGCCCCGGCGGCUUCUACGUGUACCGGGGCAUCCGCUACGCCGAGCCCCCCGUCGGACUCUACAGGUUCCAGCGGCCUCGGCCGAUGCGCCUGGAGGGCAUCGUGAACGCCACCAUGGCCGGCGCGCCGUGCGUGCAGCCGCACCCCGACGACCCGCUCAAGACCAUCGGCAGCGAGGACUGCCUUUUCCUCAACAUCUACUCCGCGGAGCUCCCCGACGGCGUGUCCGAGGGCCUCCCCGUGCUGGUGUGGAUCCACGGCGGCGGCUACAGACGCGGCUCCGCCAACCAGUACGGCACGGGGCACCUCGUCGACAAGAAGGUGGUCGUGGUGACGGUGCAGUACCGGCUAGGGUCCAUGGGCUACAUGAGCUCCGCGGCGCCGCAGCUGCCCGGCAACGUGGCCAUGUUCGACAUGGCCGUCGCCAUGAACUGGAUCAAGGAGUACAUCUCCUUCUUCGGCGGCAACCCCAAGAACAUCGUGACCAUGGGGCAGGGCACCGGGGCCAGUAGCGCCAUGAUGAUGGGGCUGUCGCCCAUGACGCAGGACAACGUGAAGGGCAUCGUGGCGAUGAGCGGGUCCGCGCUGUCCCCCAACGCCGUGGACCAGCAGCCCCAGGACGCCGCGGACGAGCUGGCCGUGCAGCUGGGCUGCCCCACCAAGCCGCACCUCGCCAUGGUGCGCUGCAUGCAGGAGGCGCCGGCCGACCAGAUCGUGUUCGCGGACGACACACUGGAGACGUUCCGCCUGGCGUCGCAAGGCUUCGUCGGCGGCCUGGGCGGCCUGCUGACGCCGUCCCCCGUGGUGGAGGGCAAGGAGGACAGCCGCUUCCUGCCCAGCUUCCUGCCCGAGCAGCCCAGCGAGGUGCUGGAGAAGGGCAACUUCCCCAACAUCUCGCUGCUCACGGGGGUCUGCAAGGACGAGACGGGGCGCGCCGUCAAGGGCGGCUUCAACCGCGAGCUGCAGUCCAAGCUGCAGGCCGUGCCGGACUUCCUCAACAAGGUCCUGCUCAAGGACCUCGCCGGCAAGGCUUCGGGCGUCAUCAACCGGGUGCAGGGCCUGUUCGGCGGGCUGGCGGCGUCGCCGCUCUUCCAGCAGGCGGAGAAGGCCGUGGGCCCGCUGAGCAAGGUGGUGGAGGCCACGACGGACGCGCUCUUCAACCUGCCCAUGUUCCGCGCCAGCCAGCUGUGGUCCAAGCGCGGCGGCAAGGCCUUCAUGUACAGCUUCGAGCACACGUCGCCGCGGGCGGCGAGUGCCGGCCGCUCCUUCCUGGGCGGGCUGCCCCUCAUGAAGGCCGCGCUCGACGCGCCAGCCGGCCUCAACGAGACCUUCCACGGCGACGACCUGGCCUUCGUGUUCGACGCGCGCCCCCUGGAGGGCCAGCGCGACCCGACGCGCGGACAGGUGUCGCUGUCGGACCCGGACGACAUGAAGGUGCGCGACGUCUUCACCAGCCUCAUCGCCGACUUCGCGCACAGCGGUCAAGCCUCGGUGCGCCAGAAGGACGACAAGCAGGGGCCCCUGCUCCUGCCCAGCUUCGGCGGCGGCGACAAGCAGAAGAACAACUUCCUCGUCAUCGACAAGAACCCCCGCAUCGGCAAGGACUUCCGCGGCUGCCAGAUGGCCGUGUGGUCCGGGCUGUCCGGCGCGCAGCUGCCCACCGACUCGUGCGCCGACGUGUUCAAGAACGCCGCCAGCGCGGUGGCGGGGGCGGUGAGCGGCGCGGCGGGCACGCUGACGGGCGGGCUGCUGACCGACAAGUUUCUCAUACUCAGACUGGCCUUUCCGUCGUCUGCUACAACCCUUUCACGGAAAAGGGAAAGGUUUCGGCACGCAGACAUUGACGGACACCAGAGCUUGCCAAGGAUGUUGAUGCCAUUGUCAUCUUUUUCGGCACUUCUGUGAGAGUUCUUGAGAGCGUGCGGC